AUGUCUAACUCCAACCCUAACAAGCUGCCUCUCCAGCAGCCAAGUCUACCCUGGCGCAUGACUUCUUCUGUUAUUAUGGGCCUAACUGCGGCCCUCUCUAGGAGUUUCUUAUAUGGCUUAAAUUCGGUCGAAGUAACCGGUUUAGAGCGAUUCUUGGAAGUCUUGGACAUGAGGAAAGAUGUCGAAAAGAGGCAGAGAGGUCUCAUUACUGUUUCAAAUCAUGUCAGUGUACUUGAUGAUCCUCUCAUAUGGGGAGUUUUACCAUUCAGUUAUGCCUUCAAUCCAUCUAAUCAUAGAUGGGGCAUGGGAGCCCAUGAUAUAUGCUAUAAGAAUAAAUUACUUGGAUCUUUUUUCUAUGCUGGCCAAGUAUUACCGACUCAUAGGUCAAAACACUCAUCUCAUGGGGGACUCUUUCAGCCUAUAGUUCCCCAGGCGAUUCGACUUCUAUCUUCAUCACCAUUUACUACUUCGGCACCAGCUCCCUUAGAAGAGUCUCAUGACAUAUUAGAUCCGUUUACUUCGGGGGAUAUGACAUUCACUACUACCGGCAUAGACCAAUACGUCGCGCCGUCUAUAUACUCUCAAAACCGGCAUAGUUGGAUCCAUGUCUUCCCCGAGGCAUGCGUACAUCAGCACCCGAAGAUGUUCAUGCGUUAUUUCAAAUGGGGAAUUUCGCGCAUGAUUCUCGAGAGCGAGCCCAUGCCCGACGUGCUUCCCAUGUUCAUCGACGGCCCCCAGCGCGUCAUGCCCGAAGACAGGGAAUGGCCGCGAUUCCUUCCCCGCUUCCCCGUCAAGUUCCGGGUAGCCUUCGGCGAACUCCUAGACACGGAGAAGAAAUUCGGGGACCUUCGCGCGAGGUGGCAGGAGCUCGUCCGCAAGGAGAAAAAGAGGCUAUCAAUGGGCGAACUAACCGACGAACUUAAAUACGGCAAGGAAGCCGUGAAUCUAAGAAUCGAGGUUGCGAGGAGGGUCCGCGAAGAAGUGGCAAAGGUUCGCAGGAGCAUGGGAUACCCAGAAGAAGAGCCAGGUUUCGAGCUAGCAGAAACGUGGGCACAGGAGCCGACUGAGGAACGCUUCAAGAGUAAUGUUGAUGACGGUUUAAUCAACAAGAGGAAGUAA